CAGGUGUGUUGGGUAGUCUUGAUGGUUACAUGAAUAUUGUGUUAGAGCAAACUGAAGAAUAUGUUAAUGGCCAGCUUAAAAACAAAUAUGGAGAUGCUUUUGUAAGAGGAAACAACGGGAAUAGAACAAAAAAACAUGCCUCCUAAGGAUCCGAAGUUACGUAACUUAACCAUCAAAAGUGGAGUUGUGAAAAGAUUAUCAAAAGAAAAGGUAAUGUAUGAGAAAGAAUUUCAACAACAUGAAGAAAAAAUCGAAACAAUGAAGAAGGAGGAAAAGGAUGAAUAUGAUAUUAAGAAAAUGAUUGAAGUAAAAAACGAAUCCGCUGCAAUGAUUCCAGACUGUUCUCGCCGCUUACAAAAAGCUCACGAAGAAUUGGCAGCUCUUUUAGAGGAAGAAAAAUCAUUAGCUGAAACAGAAGAGUACAAAACUGCAGAAAGUAUUCUUGAAGAUGCGAAGGAACAAGUUGCAUCAUGAGAAGUCUUUCUACUUUGCAGCCGAUAAAAUGUUUUUAGUAAUUUAUUAUAUGAUCAACAACACCUCUACCGGGCAGAAACACAUUCAUUUUUGGUUAUCGCAAUUAUGUCAAAGACGAGUUAGAGGUCGAGUACUAUUUUAUGUGUAAGUAAUGCUUUAUAAAAAACAUCUGCCGGUAGAGUAAACUUAGAGACGCGCGUUGUAGAGAAAAAAAAUGUAUGUUACAA